UCGAAGUGAAUCAAUCAAAUAAUUGAAUUUAAAUAAAUAAAUAUUUUCUAAAAUCUAAAACUAAACUAAACCCCUAUCCAAACUCGCGCACACAACAGCUCUCAACUCUCUAGCUCCGGUCACCGCCGCGCCGUCCGCUGCCCUCCAGCCGCGUGCCACCCGUCGCCGCCGCACCGCAGCAGGCAGCAGCUCCUCAAGGCUCAAGUCGUCGCUUCCCUGCCGAACCGCACCGCCGCUCUUCAGCCAUUGCGUCGCUGCCGGACCGCAGCAGCUCCUCAAGCCAUCGCCGUUCCCAAAGGUCAAAGCCUCUCUUUUCGCGGGGCACCCCACUACUAAAGAGGAGUUAUUUUUAUCCCAUCAAGGAAGUAGAUGGACCUCAAGCUGUUCACGCUGGACAUUGAUGAGCUCAUACAUGAAUUCACUCAGUGUGAAUCAAGUGCUUUUGCUGAAUUCAAAAGAGUUUGGCUUUCGAGGAAGUUUUCCUACAUAUUCGAGGCUAGCCCUUCGACUAAUCAAGGUUUCUUUAUGCAGUCGCUGUAUGCGCAUUCCAUCAGCUACAUGGUUUCAGCUGAUUCUUUUUCGAAGAGAUUAGGUGGGCUAUAUUGCCUGUACUGCCUGUAUGAGACGCAGCUGUUCAAGCCUCCUUUUAAAAUUUAUUUGUAUUUGGAAGAGUUGAAAAAGCUCAAGAAUCUGGUAAUUGAAGCAAAGGCUGCUGGAGUGAAAGUAGUUGCUGCUUUAGUGAAGGGUAUGUUGGAGAGGAACAUGUUUCUUUUCGGUUUCGUAGGUGUAAAUGAAGGCUCUGCAACAGAGAGAGUGAAUGAACUAACAAAUGACCAGAAUGCCCGUAUUCGAUCAGCAUAUAAAUUGUUAUUUAAUAAUUCCCGACUCGAGCACUUCAUCCACAUGGACUUGGACACGGAGCUUGACGUUGAUCUAUUCAAGAAAAGAUCGUCCGAGUAUGCAGCCGCCAAGGAGCUUGCCAUCAAAGAGGCUAGCAAAGUGGUUGAUGUGGAAAACAUAAAGCACAUUGUGGAAAAUCAGAGAUUGAUAGGCGAUGUGGUUGAGAAGACUGCUGCAGAUUGGAAAUCCCAGAAAGAGGCGUUGUAUCGACAAACAGGAUUCAGCCCUCUUAGCGUUGCAGAAGCUUCGCAGCAGGAAGAGGGCGAAUACUCUACAGGACGAAACUCCAAGAAAAGAAAAGAAGGUUGCGAUGACCUUGCAACGCAGGAAGACGGUGAGAACCUGGAAGACCCUGAGGAUUUCUGCAGAGAAUUGGAAGAAACUUUGCUUUUUGAACCAUCGGAAUGUGACGAGGAAGAUACAUAGUUGAGAGGCACGAGAAAUGGAGACAAGACGACAGCACGCACCUUUGAUCAGUGAAAAGUGCAGACCCAAAAUCUCCAGUGAGGAAUCACUUGUUUUCAACACGUCUUCUGCUGGGAAUGCUGUUUUGCGAAUUCGAUGUCUGUUCUUUGCAUUCUUAUCUGUAUCUUUGACGUUUUGUUAACUUGUACCCGUUUCAGUCAAUAUAUUUGGUGCCAUAUUACACAAA